CGGCAGCCAGCGGAACAAAGAGAAGAACGAAAGGACUUACACUUAGUGAGAUGGGGAUGAGUAAAAGAGAUAAGAAAAGCUCUUCUACUUCGCCUUGUGCCCAUCUCAGAACUGCUUACCACAACUGCUUUAACCGCUGGUACUCUGAGAAGUUUCUAAAAGGCAUGUGGGACAAGGAAGAAUGUGUUUCUGAGUGGCAAAAAUAUAGAGCUUGCCUAUCUGAACAUUUGGAUGAUAAACAUCUGAGUCGGUUCUUGGAAGCUGAAGUCAUUGUUAAUUCAGUUACAGAAGAUGUAAAAAACCCAGUUGAUGGAGUCGCUCAGUGAUAUUUAUUCCAUUUUUAAUUGACUAAAAACAAGGGGUUAAAGGAUGCUAAGGUACUGUUAUAAAAAUUUGAAGGAAUCAUCUUUAGAUUUAUUAGAGAAUACCUGCCUGUCUUUUUAAGGGUGACUACAUCGGUUGAGUUGGGUCAUUCUGGUUGAUGGAUGCACACCAAGUUAUGAUGGCAACAUUAAAGUGAAGUCUCAUAGUUUAUUUGACUCGGUAUUUAUUAUGGCAUUCUGGUUUAUGUGCAGAGGUUUAAGUUUUUGUUACAGAAUAUACCAAGGAAAUGCAGUUUCAAAUCUUGGACCUGCAUUAGACUUUGAGAUUAAACAAACUAGGCAUUGCCAUUAACUAUCACUUGGCAAAAAUUUUAAGUUUUUUCUUCAAAUAUGUAAGGAACUGCCUUGUAGAAAUUUCAAUAUGUGCUGCAAUGCAUUUUGCCAAUUCCAUAUUAUAAUC